AUGACGGCUUUAAGCUCAGCCGCAGGGUGGUGGGCCGAGGACCUAUUCACACAAAUCUACAACCACAGCUCCAAGGCAACCCCCACAGCCCUACGUUGGCUUUUUUCCGCCCUCGAGCCUCAUUCAUUUCUCUUUAUUGCGCCAGUUGGAAUAACUAACCUGCGGCCUGGCGUCACUCUGCAGUCGUUCAUGCCAAAGUCUGCAAAUGAAUGCUCCCUCCGCAAUGCUACCCUGGAUCCGACUAUUGUCAAUAACGGCUGGAUCGGUAUCCAAGGUAAUGGUUGUUUGUACGGCGGACGUGCAUGGUCUUGCAAAUGA